AAGGUCUUACAGGUGUGAAACGACAUGAGGGUGAGUAUUAAUGACAGAAUUUUCAUUUUUGGGUGAACUAACCCUUUAAAUCCCUUUUAAUCAAUUUAAUUAUUUGUAUAAUUAUGUUCAAGUAAUGGUUACAGCCUUGUUAUACUAAACAAUAACAAGUACUAUUUUUAUAGCUUUUUUAAAAUUGCAAUACAAUUUAUUACAGCACAUUAUUUGGUUGUUCACAAGUUAGUGUGUAGUUAUAGAUACACUGUUGAUGUGUAUCUUUAACUACACUAACUUGUGAACAAUCAGUUGAUAAUUAAACCAGAAAAACAUCAAACGAUAUAUGACUAAAAAUGACUCGCAGUUUAGUCAGUGAUUCAGUUGUUAAAUCAAUUGAAACCAAUAUACUUGUGAGCUUGAGACCGAUUCAUUAAAAAAACGAUUCAUGAGAGAGAAUCAGACAUCUGGAACACAGUAUGAAUAAGCACAGACACUCUAAAGUUGUGAUUUUCACCAAAUCAAUGUCAUAAAAAACACAAAUUGAUGAAAAUAAAGUUCUCUCAUCCAUAGCUAAUUUAGAUUAAAAUUGCCUAAAAUGUAAUAUUUGCAGUCUGUGGCCCUGUGAACUGAAAACACAGGCUAAGUAUCAUGUUAAUAGUUAAACAAAAAAGUAACUGCUUUACUUUGGUCUUUGCUUCCUAAAAGAACAGGCUUUAGUAGGAUAGAAGGAAUCCAGUGUAAACGCUUGUGGGGAUGUCAUCCUGAAAAACAAGGGCAACGCUGUGCUGGCAUAUUGCGAGUUGUAAAACCGCAUUGAAGCAUGCAUUUGAACGAGCGUUCCUGUCACUGAGGCGUAAACUAAUGUGACCGCAGGACUGAGCUCAGCUUGUCUUUGUGUGUGUUUGAGUCAGAAUUGAAAAUCUGGGUUACUUCGUAAUGCAGCCAUUAAAGCGUUAUUGCAGAGGGAAACCAUCUUGAGAUGAUGGACAUGAAUCUUCUGAUGGACAGGACUUCUGGUCCAGCGAUAUGAACAAGAUGAAGAACUUCAAGAGGCGUUUCUCACUUUCCGUGCCACGAACAGAGACGAUAGAGGAGAACGAGUUCACAGAACAGAUAAACCAGCUCAACAUUCACUGCAAUGACGGUGUGGUGCCCAAUAGUCUGGGUCUACACAGCCUGCAACCCAGUCCAGUGGCUCCAGACAGCCAGGCUCAAUCUCCCACCCAACUGCAGUACCGCAACAAAGUCCAGCACCGCCGAUUCUCCAUGGAGGAUGUAACUAAGAGGAUGUCUCUGCCCAUGGAUAUUCGUCUCCCGCCAGAGUUUCUGAAGAAGUUACAGAUGGAAAGCACUCCACCAUGCAAACCUCUCAGUCGCAUGUCCAGAAGAGCCUCACUGUCGGACAUUGGCUUCGGGAAAUUGGAGACCUAUGUGAAGUUGGGCAAACUAGGAGAGGGCACAUACGCGACGGUAUUCAAGGGUCGCAGCAAACUCACAGAAAAUCUGGUGGCUCUGAAAGAGAUUCGGCUCGAGCACGAAGAGGGCGCCCCGUGCACGGCCAUACGGGAAGUGUCACUGCUGAAGAACCUGAAACACGCCAACAUCGUAACACUGCAUGACAUCAUCCACACAGACCGGUGUCUCACCCUUGUCUUUGAGUAUCUGGACAGUGACUUGAAGCAGUACCUCGACAACUGUGGAAACCUAAUGAGCAUGUACAAUGUGAAGAUAUUUAUGUUCCAGCUUCUUCGUGGUUUAUCAUAUUGUCAUAAGAGGAAGAUUCUCCACCGGGACCUGAAGCCUCAGAAUCUGCUCAUUAAUGACAAGGGAGAACUCAAACUGGCAGACUUUGGUUUGGCCAGAGCAAAAUCAGUCCCAACAAAAACCUAUUCGAAUGAGGUUGUGACCUUGUGGUAUCGACCCCCUGAUGUUCUACUGGGUUCCACGGAGUAUUCCACACCGAUAGACAUGUGGGGCGUGGGCUGUAUCCUGUACGAAAUGGCGACGGGGCGUCCCAUGUUUCCCGGAUCGACUGUCAAAGAGGAACUACACCUGAUAUUUCGGCUCAUGGGCACCCCAACUGAGGAAACCUGGCCUGGAAUCACAGCUAAUGAGGAAUUCAAAUCCUACCUGUUUCCUCAGUACCGAGCACAAGCGCUCAUUAAUCAUGUGCCCAGGCUUGACACAGAGGGGAUAGACUUUCUUUCGGCUCUAUUGAUGUACGACACCAAGUGUAGGAUUUCAGCCGAGUUAUCUCUGACACACUCUUACUUCCAGACUCUGGGCGAGAACAUCCACUCCAUACCUGACACCUCAUCUGUGUUUUCACUGAGGGAGAUCCAGCUACAGAAAGAUCCGGGACACAGGAGUUCAGUAUUCCAGCCUCCGGGUCGAGGCAAGAACCGCAGACAAAGCAUAUUCUGAGGAAAAGAAUCAAAGUGGUGCAUGAAGAGAUCAGCAGAACAAAAUCAUUAUGAAGGAAAAAGCAUCCAAAACAUGCAUGCAUGCAUCCAUUCAUAUACACACCAAUUCAUUACAGUCUGGACUUCAGAAAACAGACUGAAUUGAUGUAUAACAUUAGCUGGUUAAAAGUGCAACCAAAACUCAAUCAAAUCUCAGUCUCUUUCAAACCUAAAAACCAUGCUGAUCUUGAAGCUCGGAGCUAGAAUGCUCUAUGUUAAGGCAUUUAAAGUGUGUCUAGACUCUUCUCUGUCUGGAGAUGUAGAUCUGAACACCUGAAAGUACUACUAGAUUUAGAAUUUUUAUUAGUGUGUGUUACACAUGGUAGAUUCAUAUCCAACUUUUCCCAUUGAGUGAAAUUUUCUUCAUUUCAGUUUGAGGUUUGACUUGUUUUGCCAUACGUGUUUGAUGAGUCACGGCACAUAUUACGGUUUAUUUCGCAAACAUUCAUUGAAUAUUAUAAUAUUAAGUGUUGAUUUUGAAGCAUUAAACAUGCAAACUGUCAUAAAUAUUUGAGCCAUUGAAUAGAGAAAUUACUUGAAUUAUAUCAUGAUACCAUUGAACUUCAGCUAUUAAAUGCGCUGUAAGCGAUUUCACAAGCAAAAUAAAGGCCCAUUCAUACCAAGGAUGACAAUUAUAACGAUAAAGAUAUUGUUCUAAAAAUCAUUCUAAAUAUAAAAGAAUAGCAGAGUCCACAUCACAACUAUAACGGCACAGAGAAACAAUAUCGUUGGAAACACUUUCAGAACGAUUUUUCCAGCUGAUGAACGAUAAAAACACUGACAGCCAAUCAGAAUCCUUCCUGUUUUAAAGAACACGAGCAUUUUAAGCGUCAGACGACAAAACUGCAGCACAUAAGCACUGAAGCUGCGAUGACACCUAUUGUAUCCAUUGGCGUUCUUAUUAUUAUUCUUUUUCUUCUUCUUCCGCUUCUUCUUCAUCUGUGCCCAUAGAACCGCUUGUGGGAAAAUUUGGCACACUGAUAGACGACAGUCCCAACAUUAACUACAGCAAAUUUGGCGUCUACUUUUUCGAACAGUUGCUCCAAUUGUCAUGAAAAUCAGAUUAUCUUCAGACUAUGUGGGCAAAAAGCUAUCAAAAAAUUCUCGAAAAACGCACAAACAAAUUCGAAGAAGACCAUGGCAAAAUGGAUGCGAGACUAUAUCUCCGCAACGCUUUGGCGUAUUCAGACCAAAUUUGGUACAUGUCAUCACAAGCAUGACCUGAGGCUACAUGCUGCAUUUCGGCACAGUGCCACCAACUGGUCCAGAGAUAGUAAAAAUGACUAUUUUUGGGCAGCAUGCCGAGUCGUAUGAUUAUGUCGGCCAUUAUGCAUUUUGUAGCAAAAUGCUGUAUUUUUUUUUUUUUUUUUACGUAUAAGCGUAUCAUUACGAAACUCGGUAUGGGUCAUCAGCACAAUGCCCUGAAGGAGCAUGAGAAGUUGAGACAGUGCCACCUAGUGGUGAAAUCAAAUAUUCAUUUGCUCAUAAGUUUUGAUGUAGUUGACUUACCCUGCGUUCCAUUCGGAAGGGCUCAUCCCUAUGCCCUAAUCCCUUCAAAGGGUUUACCCUUCGGAGUGAGAGCUUCGAUGAAGGGUGUAGGGGUCAAAAAAACUCUUUUUUGGAACGCACUUC